GAUGAUGUGUCACAAAUCGAACCACCCUAUCCGUUGGAGGGGCGGUGGCAGUUGGAGUUGUUGCUAGCGAAUGGACAGACAAUAUGGACGACCCGCGAGGUGUUCAAACUUCCAAGCGAAACGGGACUUCCAGGUCGUUUUUAUCGGACGGUUCCGCGGUGGCUAUGGAGAUUAAACGGAAGAAAAUACGACAGAGUACAUUAUUCCUCCAAACUGAGAAUACUAACAUGCAAGAAAAGCUUGACUUUGAGAUGAGAAUGCGGGAGGGUGCCUACAAGCUGCUGCUCGCCUGCAGUAAGAGAGAACAGGUUCUUAACGCCUCCAAGAACCUGCUGACCUGUAACGCCAGGAUCAAGGCUUAUCUCACACAGCAGCAGAAGAAGAAAGAGGAGCAGGACAUGAUGGGAAAUGUAAUGAGAUUUUCAGAUGACCGUGUGCCCUGUUAUGGAACAAUUGCAAUGUCUGGGCUGCGCAUUCCUUUGAUGUGGAGGGAUUCAGCCUACUUUAACAACAGAGGGAGCUCCCGUCGAGUGGCCUUGUUCUGUCUGAUGCAGAUUGGCUCAGAGGUGUUUGACACAGAGAUGGUGGUGGUGGACAGAUCAGUCACUGACAUCUGCUUUGAGGGAGUCACCAUCUUUAAAGAAGCAGUUCCUCAAUUUGAGCUGAAGGUGGAGUUGUGGAGCUGUGCCCUGGAGGAAGAGCUCACAAUGGUAAAUACACCAAAGAAACUGGCCAAGAAGCUCCGCAACUCCUUUGGAAAGACCGCUGGGAAGAACCUAUGCCCUCUGCUGGACAGUCCAGACCCUGACACCUUCCUGCAGUACAACCCUAUACCCUUUGGAGCCAAGUACAGCCUGCUGGCCUACACUACACUGUGUCUGCCUGAGGCUGAAGGCAGCUUUCAGUCUCACUCCCUCAUUGUCCUCCAAGACGCUGAGUGGUCAUCCUGGCUUCCGCUUUAUGGCAACCUCUGCUGCCGGUUGGUGGCCCAGCCUGCCUGCAUGACACAGAGCAUGAUGACUGGCUACCUGAGCCAGAAGCAAAGUGUGGAGGGGUUGUACCGCUGCUGCAGUCUUUACUGUGUGCUGAGUUCUGGCUUAUUGUCCUGUUACUUCACCCCGGAAGAAAUUGAUGCUAAAGUGCAGCCUGCUCUCAACGUACCCAUGAACAAGGACACCCGGAUCCGUGUGAUGGAGAAGGAGUCAGCAGGCCAGAAAUCCAGAAGUCUGUCCAUCAUCAACCCUUCACCGGAGGGGUCUGAGACUAUCGUCUUCACCACAGAAACCAGCGAGGAGCUGGAGGACUGGCUGGAUGCCCUCCACCAGCACCUCUAUGAUCAGAGCCAGUGGCUGCACUGCUGCAACCAGCUAAUGAAGAUCGAGGUCGUGUCACCACGGAAACCUUCACUCUUCCUCACCAAGCAGCCUGACUCUGUUUACAAUGACCUCAGCAUAAAUUCACCUGGCAAGUUUGAAAGCAUCACAGACAUGAUCCACAACAAGAUAGAGGAGACAGAUGGCCACUUUCUUAUUGGUCGUGAAGAGGAGAAGGAAGCGCCGAAUUGGUCCACCCUGUUUGACGGGUCCCAUUCAAUGGUAGUGCAGAAGGGUAUUCUGUCCCAGAGCAAAACCUCCACCCCUUGUUCAAGCCCCAAUCCCAACACCAGCUCUACAUCCAUUAGCAACAAGAAGCGCCGUGCCCCACCCCCUCCCUCUGACCGAGAGCCUUAUGCUCCUCCCAGCCGCCCUGCCAGACCUCCCCUUCCUGCUUCUCUUCGUCAUCCUCCUACCCCUCCUCCCUCACACCAGGAGAAGGAGAACUCCGGCAAUUGCACUUCCCGCCCGGCCACAAGAUCCAAAACUGGCAGACCAUCUCUGGAUGCCAAAUUCUCUGCCAUCAUCCAGCAGCUCCAGCGGAGCAACGCUGGGGGAGCUGGAGCCCUCAGCCGGAAAAACGCUCCACUGGGCGUCCUCGAUAUACAACCACAAAGUCAGCCUCCGCCUCCUCUCCAGCAGCUGGAGUACCAGACACACCCCACCCAGCUCCCUGAAGCCACAGGUGAACAUGGCUUCCUCAGACCAAGUCACGGUCCUGGUCCUGUUCCUGCACCAAGGAGCAAACUGAGGAAGUCUUUCAGAGAGAGGAUGAACCUCAAAGCCCUGUGACCUGGACCUUUGACAACAACUGGAUUCAACUAAUUAAUCCUACCUAGUUACCACUAAUACCCCUAACUACAACAUUAGUAAGAACCUUUCAACUGAGAUCUUUAACGUUUAUAAAAUCAGAUAUCGCAUAUAUAUUUGACUGCACCUCAGUAGCAAAAAUGUGAUAUAUUGGGCAUGGCUGUUGGUGUGAUCCAACAUUUAAAGGAAUAGUUCAAACUUUUGGGAUAUGUGCUUAUACAGUAUGCUUUCUUGCCUAGUUACAUAAAAAGAUCAAUACCACUCUCAUAUCUGUACACUGAAUAUGAAGCUGGAGCCAGAAGACGGUUAUCUUAGAUUACCUGGAAACUGGGUAAAUUGGCUCUUUCCAAAGGUAACAGAAUCUGCCUGCCAGCACUGCUAAAGCUCACUUAUUAACACGUUGUAUCUCAUUUUUGACAAUAAGUCUCCUAGCCAAGAAAUAGGCACAUAACUUUCCGUAAAUUUGCAGGUUUUUUUUAUUUAUUUUUUUAUGCUUUGGUUUUUGUACAGAAUAAAUAAACAAGAUAACAUAUUAAUUGGUGACCUUUUUAAAGGUCCUGGUUGGAAUACUUUGUUUUCUCAUUUGGACAGAGCCAGGCUAGCGUUUUCCCCCCUGCUUUCAGUCUUUAUGCUGAGCUAAGCUAACCGGCUACCUUCUUAUUGAGCUGAUCGAUAAGAGAGUGGUAUCGAUCUUCUCAUAUUUUUUCCCAAAAUGUUGACCUAUUUCUUUAACCUAAAGGAUGUGUGGGUGACCUGGUCUCUUAAAAAAACAAACUUCACAAUGUCCAUCGUGACGACCCAAAUCCCAGUUGACAGCUCAUAUCACAAUACCAAUAUUGUAUUGAUACAUUUCCAGCUCCACUCUCCAUUUAUAAAUUCUUUCAUGUGCAGCUAGCCCAUGGAUGAAAUUGAAAGCUGUAUGUUGGCUUGAACACUGCCAUCAUCUAUUCCACUAAAAUGAAAAGGCUUAUUUCUCAACUCUGCCACUGGCACAUGGAAUGAAGAAAGAGCCUUUGCAAAAGCACUCAAAUUGGAAUUGAUCCAUUGGCCGACUGUGAACGAGUCAUUCCUUUUGGAACUAUUGACUUAUUCCACUUACUGUGACAACUUUAUGACCACUAUAGCUGAUUUUAAGGGAACAGGAUUUUAGGAGCAAUUGCAAGCACUAAUGUGACUUCUCCAUUUCCCAGAGGUCUUAAUAAUGGAGUGACCUUGGUUUUCAGUGGCUACACAGUACUGUAUGUCCAACAUUAAUUUAACACUGCAGCCUAUAAAUGCUAUGAACAUAAUCGAAUGAAUGAGUCUUUUGAGUGGCUCAAAUAAUGAAUGCUCUUGUGUUAGGGUUUUGACCAUAUCCAAUACUGCCAGCCCCUAAAUAUUUCAACCACUUAACAGUCACGUGUUGAAGAAUGGUCUUCAUACUGUAAUUACACAGUGUACAAAACAUUAGGUUUAGCUACUUUUUCUGAAAUUGCCUGGCCAGAGAAAGCAGUAUGGUUAAAGCUACAAUCCCAUUGUUUUUCCCUCACCCUCUAUAAUUCUGUUUAAUCAAGAGGGGAAGAUGGAGAUUUGGGGUGAGGCGGAUUACAGGAGGAUUUAGUUUAAAACCUUGAGAGAAGCGAGAAUGGAUUGUACAAAAGAGGAUGCUGCUCAAUAUUAGCAGUGUGCUCACAAUGCCAGUGUGUAUUGCCAAUAUAUAUAUAUUGAUGUACUGUAUAUAUCUGGAAAAACAAGGGAAGUUUCAAGGGUCAAACCUUAUUCAUUUUUGUGGUUACACCUUGGACUUCAUGAUAAUGGCUAAAAUCAUCAGAAUAAUUAUAUUGCACUUUCUGCAUCAUCCAUCAACCUCUUGGCCAUUUUCAGUUAGACUCAGCAUGCUAGAGAAUAAAGAACAUUAAAUUACAUGCCAAUGUUAACUGACCGUUAUGGUAAAAGGUAACAUUUCUGUAAAGUAUUUCAGAUUAACCGUGCAGCCCUGGUAAAAGCAGGAAAUGUUACCUCUGUCAAUAUUAAGCCUGAGGGAGAAAUGUACAACUGCUAUACUAUAUGACUAAACAAGGACUGAACAUUUUUAUCAGAGCCAAACUAAUGAGCCAAAUUCCUAUUAAUUUACAAUGUUUAUAAAAUAUGUCUCAUAUCUUUUCUGUUAUUAAUUACACAUGGCAGUAAUAAUUUGUAGUUUUUUGUAUUGUCUUUGAUUAAAAUGUUCUGUAAAUCAUUUUUAUAGUAUAAUACUGCCAUGUUAUCUCAAUAUAACUUACAGCAUAUAUUUAGACUUUAAGUGGCACUGUGUUUAUGUACGUGUAAGUAGGGAUACAUUAAUCUUGUCCUAGUGCAAAAUAAUUUGUGUAUAGUGCAAUCUAAAAAAUUUUUUUUUUUUGUUUCUCAGUGUAAUUUCCUACUCACUCUGUUUUCUUGGAAGCUAACUGUAGUUUUUAUUAU